AUGUCAAGACCACCUAUUGCGAUAUGUGACUUGAUGCCUGAACAUAAUGUAUGGAAACUAGCUAUUCACAUUGUCGAUCUCGGGAUCAUAAAGGAACAAAAUGGUGGUCAAAUACAUGUUGUUACCCGUUCCCGAGAACUUGAGAUAUGGAACACGCUUUUAAAGAAAAAUGAAACUUACAUGAUUUAUAACGGAGAACCUUUGAUUAAUAACUUUUCAUUGAAAUCCUUUCAAGAUUUCUUAAAAGGAGAUUUUGUUGUUGAUUAUCUAUACGAUAUAAUUGGUGUUGUACAGAAUGUUGCAAGGACUCAAGUUCCAGGAGCUGGGAAAAAAACUUGCGUAAAUCUCAGUUUGACUGAUGAAAGUGGAAAUGAACUUGAUUUUACUCUAUGGGAAACGUAUGCAAGCCAAUUCAUGACGUACUCUUCUGACAUUGAUGCACCUAUUAUCAUACUCACGUAUGCUUGGUGUCACCAAAGUUCAAGUAAUUUGUAA